AGGGUUCCCAAACAUAGCAUCACUGCCUUUUUACACAGCUUUAUUUUUACUCUGGUUACUCGGACCAGAAAUGUUUUACAUGUUCCAUUCUGACUAUAUGUUUUACAAAUGGGGAUCAUUAAUGUGGCACCACCUCCAUUUUUAACAGAGAAACCGGAAUGAUAUUUUACUUUUAAGAUGUCAGAAGUACAUCUUGGUCCUGGUCCCUUUCAGACAACCUGUUAGCUUCAGUCUGCAGGACAAACGAAUCUGGAUGUUUUAAGUGACUUUUUGAUGAAAUGUUAUUAUCUCGCCUACAGUCCAAAUAUCUGUUGAUGUCAUAGUGGUGUUUGCAAGUGCUCUUUUAUAAUAUUUACACAGAUUAUAAAGAUUAAAGCCCUUGAAGUAAAGGUAACAAUGAUCUUCCUGUGUCAAAUACAUAAAUAGAACGUCACAUGUAAUUCCAGUUGGAGUAAGUAACUAAUUUAAAAGGAUGGCUGUGAAAAAAAUUUCAUUUCAAACUGAACCGACUUUAGGAUUGGUCUGUAAUUUACACAUAAUCUGAUUGUCAUUACUCGGGGAAAUGUUGGCAGGAAGCAGUGCUCCACCAGUGAUCUUCCUGUAUGAAGCACAAAUUAACACAGUCACAUCUGAAGCUUCUGCAGUCAAAAAUAACUACCAAAUAAAGUAGUAGGGCACAGUUAACACUCAUAAAACAGUUUAAUAUUUUGCCAUUCUCACAACUUUCAUUUCUCUGUCAAAUUAUUUCUCUGAAUGGAAAUAUUUUACACAUUUCUUACUGGAAAAUAGCUAGUGGCGCAAACCCUUCAAACCCCAUUUCAUGUGCAAGUAAUCGACAUCUUGUGUGUGCAAAAGUCCCCACUGCAAAAGUGACAACAUUCAUAAAAUACUCAUCAGUGUUGUAACCAUGAAAAUAUGCUUUUAUCAGAAUAGCUGUUUGCUCGAGCCUCUAAGAACAACCAAUCUGACUUUAUACAAAAUGAAGACGCCAACAAGGUUAUUUCUUACAGGUAACAUAUUACCUAUAACAACCUUUUUACAGCCUUUUCGUAGAACCUCAUUCAAAAAAAUUACUCUCCCUGUAAUGCCACCAUGUUUACACAUCCACGGAUGUUCAUCGUGAACCUGACAUUUGCCUUUGCGACCUAGUUUUGAGUAAGCAACUAUCUCUGGUCACAAACAUCUUCUCGACACUACAAAUGAUUCGAUCCUAGUAGAGGUGGCAGCUGCGUCAAGACUCUUCCUACCACAUUGGCAACCCCCGCCCCCGUGGAAAAGCGUCUUUUUGUCCCGCGUCAUGGAGAAGAACGCAAGUCCGGGAUUAACUUAUUAAGGCCAACAUCUUUGAUCUGAGGUUAUCUCUUCCAUUUCCACGGCAACUCGAUCGCGCUGUGGCUUCUUGGCGCACACGCACGCACGCAAAAGCAAGUGCUCAAACCCACACACUGAAACACAUGAAUGGGCCUUAAAGCCCUAGAGAGCACGGCCCAAAAGAGAUGUGAAGUGUAGAUGUGCAGCAACAGCUAACCAUCGUGUCAGGUUUCUGGGGGCUCGUGCUAAAUUUAACCCUGUGAUCCUGCAGAAGGCAGAGGGGUUUAAAUGCCAGCCUACAGUUGCUCCACACCAGUUGUUCACCACACGUCUUCCACUCAUCGCAAACUCAGGCCAAGGGGAAGACAGCGCACACGCGUACAGUCCAACACACAUCCCAGAGGCAAGAACGAAGACCACUCAUUGAAGAGCAGCGACAAACGAAGCAGGGAUUGUUGCCCUCUCUACAUCUCGAGCACAACACGGGCCAAUAUGGAGCUCUUUGAGACCAACCCAUACUUCUUUCCUGAUCAGCGAUUUUAUGAAGGAGGGGACAGCUACUUCCCCUCUCGCCUACCUGGGACCUACGACCAAGCUGGUUACCAGGACAGAAACUCCAUGAUGGGCCUGUGUGGGAGUCUUGCUGGAGGUGCCAGCGUCGGUGUCGCAAGUACUGAGGAUAAAGCGUCUCCCUCCAGCCUGUCACCUCAUUCUGAGACCCACUGCCCCGGUCAGUGCCUGCCCUGGGCCUGUAAGCUGUGCAAAAGAAAGACUGUGACCAUGGAUCGCCGGAGAGCAGCAACGCUGAGGGAGAAGAGACGCCUGAAGAAGGUAAACGAGGCCUUCGAUGCUCUGAAGAGGAGCACCUUGAUGAACCCCAACCAGAGGCUGCCCAAAGUGGAGAUCUUGCGGAGCGCCAUACAGUACAUCGAACGGCUACAAGCUCUGGUGUCCUCUCUCAACCAGCAGGACACUGAGACGGGACAGCAGGGACUGCACUAUCGACCCACCCCGACCCAGCCCAGAGUGUCGUCGUCCAGCGAGCCCAGUUCGGGGAGCACCUGCUGCAGCAGCCCCGAGUGGAGCAGCACUCCGGAGCAGUGUCCGCCGAGCUACAGCGGUGAGGAUCUCCUGAGUGCUGCUGAAUCCCCUGAGCAGGGAAACAUGCAGGCCUUGACUUCCAUUGUGGACAGCAUCUCUGCUUCAGACGGAGCCGUGGCCUUUCCUGUAGACAUUCCCAAAUAGACCUUUCAAAACAGAUGUAGAUGCACAGAGAUCCGUAAAAUUAUAGAGGAAAAAUAGCUAAUCGGUGAUGCCGUUUGACUGGAGUACUUAUUUUGUUUUAGUGAAUCUACAAACUUUGGUUUUCUGUCUUAUGCAAACGAUCAAAAAUCCGAAUUAAUGAAUUGUCAUCGCAACUCUACUGGGUCUACUGGCUAAACUGAAUUCCUUCUUUUACAAUGAGGCCUUAUUCCCUGUAUUACAUGCCUUAUCCUGUGGUCCAGUCCUGUUUGUCAGAGCUACAGAUGCUCAGUCUAACUUGAGAUUCAAAGAUUUUGCUGCAUGAACCCAAAAUCCUAGUCAUCUGAGUGAAUCUCUGUUAAACCUUCCUCCAGACUCACAGAUGGAUUGUAUUGUUCUAACUUAAUUUAAGUUUUCCUCCGUAUCUUUGAUUCUUUUUGUGUGAGUUUAAUGCUUAAAAAAAUAAUAAAAUACAUGAAUUUAUUUGUGGGGCCAAUAUGUACCAUGGCAGUUUUGACCAAGAUCUGCUUAAUUUAAACAGGUUAUAAAUGCUUUUGUUGUAAAUACGUUCCCCUUUUUUUUUCUACAGAGUGGUUUUGCCAUUUUAUUUUUUAUCUUUGCUAACUUAUUUUUUGACUUUUAUAACUAAGAUUGUUGUGUAUUUGUAGAUGUUCUGAAAAGUGAUAUUGUUCUGUUUUAAUUCUUGGAAUAAAGAUGGUUUUCAAUAAGCUGUUUUGUGGCUUUAAAGUGCUGAGCACUUCAGGAAGGAGCAGAGUCACAAUUCUUUAAAAAACAGCUUUACUCAUGUCUAUAUAGUGUCAUAAAUACAGUACUUUUUUUUUUCAGAUGGCCAAAUAAUAAAAUCUUGAUUUGUCAGCAUUGUUUCACACCUGGAAUAAAGACACAGUACUCAUAGCUGCCACAUAGCACAUUACACACCUUUUAGACACCUUGGAAAAAUCUGUAAAAAUAAUAAUAAUAAUAAUGAAAAAAGAUUGUACAGCCAUCCAGGAGUUCAUGAGUUCAUAUGCUGUGUUCUCAUUGGAGGAAUUGGUCAGCUGGGUGUAUGGACCACCUACUGGCAUUUCUUCACAAAAACUGACCAUGAGGUGGUAGAGCAGGAUAAGACAUGUCUGUCAGUUACACUGUCUUACAAAAGUAAUCAUAACCCCUUAAGCUUUUCACAUUUUCUCACAUUACAAAUAAAACUGUCAGCAUAUUUUAUCAAUUUGAAGUCAUGUGUACUAUAAUAAAAACCUUAAAAGCGUGGCACGCAUUUUGAUUUAGAUCCACAACAGACGGAUCAGAGAUGAAAUUUGUGGAGAUGCUUAAAGAAAAAUCUCAACUGCAAACACACUGGCAUGGCUAAACUGAAAGGGCCACGCUGGAGAGGGAAUUAAUCAGAGAAACAGCCAAGAAUCCCAAGUAAGGGUGAAAUAAAAAUGCAUGCCACACUUUUCAGACUUUCUUCUGUGAAAUAUUUUGAAAACCACAAAUCCUUGUUCUGUCACUACACAAUUUUGUGCUAGUUCAAGUUCAUACGUUGCAUAAAAUCCUGGUAAAAAAACAAAACAAAAAAACAAAAA